CACGUCACGUGACGUCCAGAAGCUGCGGGCAGGGGAAGCCGUCCGCCAUUGAUCCCCCGCCCCGGCGCUGGCGCCCUCCGCGCACGAUGGCUUCCCCCGAAUGAAGGGCGCUGCGGCCGGACCGCGGGGAACCGGCGAAGGCGCAGACGACGCCCGGACACCGUCCCCAGCUCCGGUCGGCCGCCCGGUCCGGCUCCCGGAAGCAGCCCGUUGCUAGGCAACCGCGUCGCUCCAGCGGGGAGGGGCGGGGCGUGCGGAGGGUCUGCAUGGACCAGUACUGCAUCCUGGGCCGCAUCGGGGAGGGCGCGCACGGCAUCGUCUUCAAGGCCAAACACGUGGAGACUGGGGAGAUCGUGGCCCUCAAGAAAGUGGCCCUGCGGCGGCUGGAGGAUGGCAUCCCCAACCAGGCCUUGCGGGAGAUCAAAGCCCUGCAGGAGAUCGAGGACAAUCAGCACGUGGUGCAGCUGAAGGCCGUGUUCCCGCACGGCGCAGGCUUUGUGCUGGCCUUCGAGUUCAUGCUGUCGGAUCUGGCCGAGGUGGUGCGCCACGCCCAGAGGCCCCUGGGCCAGGCACAGGUCAAGAGCUACCUGCAGAUGCUGCUCAAGGGUGUGGCAUUCUGCCACGCCAACAACAUCGUGCAUCGGGACCUGAAACCGGCCAACCUGCUCAUCAGUGCCUCAGGCCAGCUCAAGAUAGCAGACUUUGGCCUGGCCCGGGUCUUCUCCCCAGAUGGCAGCCGCCUCUACACACACCAGGUGGCCACCAGGUGGUAUCGAGCCCCGGAGCUCCUGUAUGGUGCCCGCCAGUAUGACCAGGGCGUCGACCUGUGGGCUGUGGGCUGCAUCCUGGGGGAAUUGUUGAACGGAUCCCCUCUCUUCCCUGGGGAGAAUGACAUCGAGCAGCUUUGCUGUGUGCUUCGAAUCCUGGGCACCCCCAGUCCUCAAGUCUGGCCGGAGAUCACGGAGCUGCCCGACUACAACAAGAUCUCGUUCAAGGAGCAGGCACCUGUGCCCCUGGAGGAGGUGCUGCCCGACGCGUCUCCCCAGGCCCUGGACCUGCUGGGGCUGUUCCUCCUUUACCCUCCGCGCCAGCGCAUCUCAGCCUCCCAGGCCCUCCUGCAUCAGUACUUCUUCACGGCUCCCCUGCCUGCCCACCCCUCGGAGCUGCCGAUUCCCCAGCGCCCAGGGGGACCCACCCCCAAGGCCCACCCGGGCCCCCCCCACGUCCAUGACUUCCACGUGGACCGGCCUCUCGAAGAGUCACUGUUGAACCCGGAGCUGAUUCGGCCCUUCAUCCCUGAGGGCUGACGCUGGGCCCGCCCUGCCGUCCUGUCCCCCAGAGCCCCCUGGGCUUCUUGUUUCUCUGCUGGGCCUGACCCGACCUCCUGUGGCCUCCACACAGCCUCACCAGGUCCACCCCUCACCUGGUCUGCUCCCAGGCUGGGGAUGAGGACAUCUGGCUCCAGCAGAGAGGACCUACAGCCGGUGCUGUUGUCCUCCCAUGUGCGUGCUGCCAGCUGACCCAUCAGAGGGAGACCGUGAGCUCUGUGGCUGUGGCUGUGGCUGCCGUGGUGCUGGUUGUCCAGGCCCUGACUUCCCGGUCAGGGAUGGCCCUGGUGGGGCCAUCUAGGGGAGCGGAGAGUGUAAGGUGUCCUCACGUGGGAACACGAGUGGGAGGGCAGCUUUGUUUGAUUUUGUUUUCAGAGGCAUUGAAGGCUAGUUCACUUUGGAGGUUUAUCGUAAAAAGCCCAGGUAGUUCUGCCUGGUGUCAGCCCUCCUCCAUUCCUACCGAGGGAAGUGGCCAAGGUGGCAGUCAUCAUUUCCUGGCCCUUGUUUCUCUGUGGUCACCAGGAAUGCGGCUCCAUUCACGGCUCCUCCGGUCCUGGGGGCUUCAUGCAGUGGGGCUCCCAUUUGGAGGUGCAGUGGCAGGAUUCAAGCCCCAGGAUGGCUCAGGUUGGGGACCGAUCAGGGUCAAGCCACUUACCAGCAUCUCUACCCUGAGGACAAGGGUGAGCCAGGACCAGACGUGCCACCUCCUUACUCAGGUACAGAGCAAGUGAGGAGAUAGGCAUUCUUGGAAGUCAUUUGUUAAUUCAGUAAAUCCGAAUAUUUAAGCCCA